UCCUUCUUAAUCCAUCUCAACCUCUCUGACUCUCUCCGAUCACCCAUGGCUCUCAGCGCGUACCAGCUCGACCCGCAAUCGGCGGCCCAGAAAGCCGUCGCGGCAAUCGGGUCGGGUUAUGACCUCUGCUACGAUCUCCGGCUGAAUUCGUGUAAGCCCAUACUGAUUGAACUGGAUCCGACCCGGACCCGGGACCUCGUCGUGCCCGGCGGCGCCGUCGUGCCUAACGUCUCCACCUCCAUCAAGUGCGACAAGGGCGAGCGCACCAAGUUUCGCUCCGACGUCGUUUCGUUCAAUCAGAUGUCAGAGCAGUACAAUAAGGAACUUUCCUUAACGGGGAAAAUUCCGUCCGGCUUGUUUAAUGCUAUGUUUAACUACACCGGCUCCUGGCAGAAGGAUGCAGCUCCCACGAAAUGUCUUGCUUUUGAUGGUUGGUUAAUAAAUCUGUAUAACAUUGAGUUAGCGAGAUCACAGUUAACACUAUCGGAGCAAGUGAAACAAGACGUGCCUUCUCUAUGGGACCCUGCUGCCCUUGCCGCAUUCAUUGAUAAGUAUGGUACUCACGUUGUUGUUGGGGUGAAGAUGGGUGGAAAGGAUAUAGUUCACAUAAAGCAGUUACAAAACUCAAAACUUGAGCCUGCUGAGCUGCAGAAAUUAUUAAAGCAAUUAGCCGAGGAGAGAUUUUCUGCUGAUGUAACUGAAUCCUCUAUAUCAAAUACUGCUGAUUUAUUAGGAAAAAUGAGGGAUGACCACCCUAUUCACUGGGAUAUUAAAAAAACAUUAGCAUCCUCAAUAAGGCCACCCAUCAUCACUCAUUCAAGGAAUGAUGAUAUAGUUACUAUUAGUGUUCGAAGGGGAGGUGUUGAUGUUGGUCAAAGUCAUAACCAAUGGCUUUCGACUAUAUCACAGGCGCCUAAUGUCAUAUCAAUGUCCUUUGUGCCCAUAACAUCACUUUUGGGUGGUAUUCAAGGCAAUGGAUUCCUUAGCCAUGCAGUAAAUCUGUACCUUAGAUAUAAACCACCAAUAGAGGAGCUUCAACAAUUCUUAGAAUUUCAAUUACCACGGCAAUGGGCUCCAGUAUACGCUGAUCUGCCUCUUGGUCUUAGGCGGAGAAGACAUGCAUCCCCAGCACUUCAAUUCAGUUUUAUGGGCCCCAAGCUAUAUGUUAACACUAUGAAGGUUGAUUCCGUAAAUCGACCGGUAACAGGAAUCCGUUUGUACCUUGAAGGUAAAAAAGGUGACCAUUUGGCAAUCCAUCUUCAGCAUCUUACAAAUCUUCCCAGUUCAUUCCAAGUCUCCACUGAUCACAAUUAUGAGCCCAUUGACGAGCCAGAGGAACGACGUUACUUCGAAGCUGUCAAGUGGAGCAUAUUUUCACAUGUAUGCACUGCCCCAGUAGAAUAUAAAGGUGCCUGCAUUAAUGACUCUGCUUCUAUUGUGACAAAGGCCUGGUUUGAAGUCAAGGCUAUGGGAAUAAAGAAAGUUUUGUUCCUGAGGCUUGAAUUUUCUACUGUGGCAUCUGCUAGGAUUCGAAGAUCAGAAUGGGAAGGCUCAAGCUCAUCUCGUAAGUCAGGAUUCAUCUCAACCUUGAUCAGCACACGGUUUAGUACUGCAUUGAAUCCACCUGUGACACCGGCAAAAGUGAAUUUGAAUUCAGCAGUGUACCCUGGUGGCCCACCUUUACCAGCCAAGGCACCAAAAAUGGCGACGUUUGUAGAUACCAAGGAAAUGUUGAGAGGUCCUGAGGUCACCCCAGGAUAUUGGAUGGUUACUGGAGCCAAGCUUUGUGUAGAGGGUGGUCGAAUCUCAGUCAAGGUGAAGUAUUCAUUGCUGACAAUUAUGUUGGAAGACUCGAUGAUGUUUUAGCAUAAGAAAUCCAAAGAACAAACAUGUACAUUGUCCAUUCUUCAAUAGGUUUAAACAGAUUGACUAUGGCGGUAAGCCAUCUUGAUUGGUCUAAGAAUUAUAUGAAGUCAUGGUUAUGUCCAGAAUUGGAUAGCCUAAAGGAAUUGAAUACUUUUGAUCAGUG